AUGAUGGAGGCGCGGGAGUGGAGGAAGAGGGAGGGCGGCGACGCUUCCCUCUUCUUGAUCGAGCAGGCAGUCGACGGGGAGGCGCAAUCAGGGGCAGGCGGUGCGGCUCUCCUUGCAGCGACGACUAACGAAGAUCCGCUCGAGGCGACGAUGGACGAGGAGGUGGGAUUGAAGGCGAUGACGGAAGCAGUGGACUUGCCGUCGGGGAAUCCCGUCGCUGCCGCAGGAGAUGCUGAGGGUGAAGAAGGAAAAGGAGGAGAGCGACGGCGACUUUCUCGCGAAACCUAG